AUGGAACUGGGAAGGAGGAAUACCAAGAAAUACACUUUCAAAUGUUUUGACUUAACAGAGUUGAAGAAGCUUGGUUCUAUGAUAGUUAGUCCAGAGGAUUUCAGAGCUCAGUAUGGAAGACUUAUGGGUAUCUUGAAGACUAAGGUUGAAGAUGGAGUUCUCAACACACUGGUACAAUUUUAUGAUCCACUCUACCAUUGCUUCACAUUUCCAGACUACAAGCUUAUGUCUACUCUAGAAGAAUACUCUUAUUGGUUUGGUUUGCCAGUCUCUGACAAAUUACCAUUCAGUGGUUCAGAGAAGACCCCUACAUCAGCAGCUAUUGUAGAAGCACUUCACCUAGAAACGUCUGUUGUGAAGGACAACUUCUCUAAAAAAGGAGGGAUUCUAGGUCUAACCUCUAGAUUCUUGUUGGAGAAAGCCUUUAUCUUUGUAGAAGCAGAUAGUAGAGAUGCCUUUGAAGCCAUUUUUGCUCUACUCAAUUAUGGAAUUGUACUCUUCCCAAACAUUGAUAACUUCAUAGAUGUUAAUGCUAUACGAAUCUUCUUAAUUGGUAACCCAGUACCCACAUUACUUGGAGAUACCUACCAUUCUAUCCAUCACAUGACUAAGAAAGGUGGUGGAACCAUUCUUUGUUGUGCACCUCUCCUAUAUAAGUGGUUUAUUUCUCACUUGCCCAGAUCCAGGCUCUUCAGGGAGAAUCCGUAG